AUGAUGGAGAAAUGUUCAAACAUUACAGAAAAUGUGUUCUACAUUUCAGCAUUUUCUAUCUCUGAAACUGGACAAUGUAUCCUUUUUACUGCAGUUCUAUUGGUGUAUCUGAUGACUGUCUUUGGAAACAUGACCAUUGCUGUAUUGGUGUGUCUGGUUCCCCAGCUCCAUACUCCAAUGUAUUUCUUCUUGAGUAAUCUUGCUAUUAGCGAUGUUAUGUAUGUUUCAGUUACUCUUCCAAAGCUGCUCUCCAUACUUCUAACACAGGAUCAUUGGAUUUCUUUCUCUGCCUGUAUGACUCAAGUGUACUUCUUCUCAUUGUCAGCUGCUUCUGAUUUGUUUCUACUGACCUCCAUGGCCUACGAUCGAUACGUAGCGAUCUGUAAGCCAUUACAAUAUUCCUUACUCAUGAGUAAAGAUGUAUGCAUUUCGCUAGCUCUAUCCCCUUGGCUUAUAUCGUUGACUAAUGCAAUCGCCAACGUGUUAGCCGCAUCUCUGUUGUCCUUCUGUCUCACACAAAAUGUUGACCAUUUCUUUUGUGAUCAGAAAGCACUGUAUGCAAUAACCUCUAGUGAUGUUAAAGGCAGAUACAUACUUAUGUUAUGUCAGGAUGUAGUGUUGGCAUCUAUUCCUUUUUUUCUUAUUAUGACCUCCUACGUUUUCAUCAUCUCCACCAUACUCAAAAUUCGCUCCUCAGAGGGACGACUGAAAGCUUAUUCCAGUUUUACCUCCCACCUCACCACAGUAAUGUUAUUCUAUGUUCCAAUCAUUAUAAUUUAUGGCAAACCAGAAUCUGAAGGUUCCAAGGAACUGGACAAGUUGCUGACCUUGCUUUAUACGGCUGUGGUUCCAAUGCUCAACCCGUUUGUCUACUCGUUAAGGAACAAAGAUAUUUUAAAUGCUAUGAAAAAUAUAAAAAGGAAAUGGAACAUGAUUCCCAUUAAAUAAUUUAUCACCGGUUACUGUAACUAAUCUAUUGUAUGGAAGCCAUGUGUACAAAGGGCCAGAAUAUUUUAUUAUGGAUUAAGCACGGUGUAUGAAACCCUCUUCAAGGAUUUUCUUCCAUGUUUUCUUGACAGCAUCAUGUGGGAUCUUCAGCUCCGUCCACCAUAUCUUUUUGCAAUCGACCACUUUAGUCCAAAAGAUUCAGAAUCUGACACAACCAUCUGUAUUUGAGAGCAGAAACCGCAAUUUUAACAUAGAAAUUCAGAAAGGAGUGCCAGACGAAAAUUAGAUAAAAGAGCGCAAGAUGGUUUUAAUUGUUGAUAAAAAAAAGUCACAAAAAAAUAAAUUUUGGGGGGCAACAACACUUGCCCUUUAUCAGGGCUCAACACAGAAUAAC